CGGUAGAACAUUUGCCACGUACUGCCAUUGACGGGGUUUGCGGAAUGGACAAAUGGUCAUGACAACCUCCCGCUACGUAGCUAUGAUGGACAAGCAUGGCGCAAUGGCCCCCGAGGUGUUCUUACACCGUGCAUCGAUACUACGAGUCUCGACAGGCGCAGUCAUUCCCAUGAUGCAACCAGUUGCCAACAGUUCACAUCGGAUUGCACCAUCUUCCGGAAUCGAGGUCGAAAAGGGGAGUAUGCCGAUAGGAUAGCACAGAAUCAUUGAGUCCUGAUAUGGUCUCCUCGAUUGGGUGGUAUUUACAUAGCUGUUCGCAUUGAGUGGAAUCGUCGCGCGCGUAAUACUUGACAGUCAUCUCAAUGGGUUGGCAAGCAGUAUCGACCUUUGAGCUCCGUAUGGACCAUCGAGAUAUGGUUUCGAGAGAGGCGAGUCGUCAGAUCGUGUAUUACUGACAACAUAAGGAGGUUGUACUGUGCC